UGCGGGCCUGCGGCGGCGAGGCGGCGCGGCGGCGGCGCGGCUCCUUCUCUUUUUGCCUUGCGCCCCGCCUCCAGGGUCCAGGUGCCAGGGUUAACUCAUGAAGUUUUGCCUCCUGUGUAAUCAAGAAUGGAAACUUCUGCAAACACAGCGGAAUGUGAAAAGCUCUCUUAUGGAAAGGCAAAAGCAUCAAUAGGUACAGAAACAGAAUCUUCAUUCGGUACUAAUGAAAACACAACUGCUUCUGGGGCUGGGCUUUCUGAAAAGGCUCCUCCUACCUGUGGGCAAGUGGACACUGCAAGGAAGAGAAAAAUGGAGUCUGAAGGUGAUCUUGUAAAGGAAGGUUCUAGAUGUAGGGGAGACACGCCAUCCAAGGAAAGAACACUUGCAAAGGAAAGGUUAAGUGGUGGGGAAGAGGGCUCAUUGAAGAAAAGAAAACUCGAAGCUGAAAAUGUCCUGGGGGAAAAAGGUUCUGGUGAUGAGGAAGGCAUUUCAAGGAAAAGAAGGCUGGAACCUGGUGAUUUUCCAGAAGACGAGCCUUCUGCUGGAGCUGGCACUCAGAAAAAGAGAAAGACAGAACUUGAGGACGUUCCUGAAAAGCAGAAGAACUUGGAAGAGGGGCACAGCUCCACAGUGGCUGCCCACUAUAAUGAACUUAAGGAAGUUGGUUUGCAGAUGCGUAGCCAAAGUCGAAUAUUUUACCUAAGAAACUUCAAUAAUUGGAUGAAAAGUAUCCUCAUCGGGGAAUUUUUAGAAAAGGUGCGACAGAAGAAAAAACGCGAUAUCACUGUUUUGGACCUGGGCUGUGGUAAAGGUGGAGACUUGCUCAAGUGGAGAAAGGGAAGGAUUAACAAGCUUGUUUGUGUUGAUAUCGCUGAUGUUUCUGUCAGACAGUGUCAACAGAGAUAUGAGGACAUGAAAACUCGUUCUCGCGGUAAUGAAUAUAUUUUCAAUGCAGAAUUUAUAACUGCCGAUUGUUCAAAGGAACUUUUGAUUGACAGAUAUCGAGACCCAGAAAUGUGCUUUGACAUCUGCAGUUGCCAGUUUGUCUGUCACUACUCAUUUGAGACCUAUGAGCAGGCUGACAUGAUGCUCAGAAAUGCUUGUGAGAGACUCAGUCCUGGAGGCUAUUAUAUCGGUACCACUCCCAAUAGCUUUGAACUGAUAAGACGCCUUGAAGCUUCAGAAACGGAAUCAUUUGGAAAUGAAAUAUAUACUGUGACAUUUCAGAAGAAAGGAGAUUAUCCAUUAUUUGGCUGCAAAUAUGACUUCCACUUGGAAGGUGUUGUGGAUGUCCCUGAAUUCUUGGUCUAUUUUCCUUUGCUAAAUGAAAUGGCAAAGAAGUACAAAAUGAAACUAGUCUACAAAAAAUCGUUUCUGGAAUUCUAUGAAGAGAAGAUUAAGAACAGCGAAAAUAAAAUGCUGUUAAAACGAAUGCAAGCCCUGGAGGUAAGUCUUGAGAAAAGGUGCAAAAGUUCCAGGUCACAGCAGGACUGUUUGGCUAUUUUUCAGGUUCUUUUCAAAGCCAGGUAGACACUAAACAUUUAUAUAAAUUACACGAGCUAUUUACAGCUGCCCUCUGGAUCUUCAGCACCGAGGGCAGAGCUUGGUAGAGCAGCUUACCCUAGCAGGUACUACAUAAAUACAGGAUAGAUGGUUGGAUGGAUGGUCGAUGGAUAGUGCUGACCUCAGAUUCCAUUUUCUAGAUAGUCCAUCUUUCUAGAUAGCGCUGUUGGCAUAUAGGACUGGCUAAUUCUCUGUUGGCAAGGCAGGGGUGGGGACAGGGUCGGGGCACCAUAUUGUAUGCACUUCAGAGGAUCAGCAUCCCUGUCGUCUGCUAGAUGCCAGUAGCACCCCUGUCCACCUAGGAGAGAGCCCAGAAAUGUCUGAGACAAUUGCUAGCUAUCCACUGGGGUGCAAGGUCACCCCAAGUUGAGAACCACUUCUUUUCAGUAAUGUCCUUUGGUUACGGCAGUAAUUUAAAACCUUCCUGGCGAGGGUCCAAGAGAGGCUCGUGCCAUGCAUAAUUCUGUUCUGUGGUGACGGUCCAGCAAGAUGCCAGUCUGUUCAUGCUGGAACCUGCUUUAACUCCUGGACUCCUCUGUGCUUCCCCUUUUGCCGCGGUGAAGGGCACCUAUACAAGCUUUAAACUCUGCACAGCCAUUGAUUAUGGUUUUUUGGUUUGUUUGUUUGUUUUUAUGUCUUGACCCCUUUGUUACUGAUCAGCAGACUCUUAGUAAUGAGAUGCUCACUGAACUUCUUAAUAGAAUUUGUGUAAUUUAGACUUUUUUAAAAUACUCCUAUUUAGCCUCGUAAUUACCCCCAUGAAGUAACACAGCAGCCAUUCCUCACACUUUCAAAUGGGCGUUAUGAAGUUAAGAGGAGAUAAAUGACUUGUUCAAGGUCACGUGGCUGUCAACUUGCAGAUUUUUCUUCCGUUUUUAUAGGUGGCGUUCACAUAAAAGUCCUUUUGGGUCCAACACCCCACCCCCAUCCCUCAGUGGACGCGACCUCCUUAAGUGUUCAAAUUGAGUUUUGCAACCAGCAAUCACUAAAAUGUUACAGUCUUUAUUGGUUGUAUUCUCGUGUUUUAGAAUUAGAAAUGUUUGUGUGUGUUUUAUAGGAGAAGAGGCUCACUCUUGUUUGUUUCUAGGAAAAAGGGAAAGCUAGAGAUAGCGUAGCUCCUUAAAUUGCCACAGGUGCACACCAUUCAUACAUCAUUGUUACCUGGCAGUGCUUUGCAUGUAAAGUGAUCAGUUGGUAAGAUGUGGUUUCUUCAAGGAACUCGAGGUACACUGAGGAGCCGAGCAUGCGAGCAAACCAGUACAGUGUGAAAACUACAGUAAAGAAGGAAUUCUGCAGUGGGGGUAUGAAAGGGCCCUUGGAGAAGAAAGUUAGGCAGUGGGAGUGAAGGCAGAGAAGCAUGAGAGUGGGGGUGAUUGAGGAAAUCUACUAAACUUUCAGCAUUUCUUUAGCACAACAGCUCUCCUGUGUUCCUUCUCCCCCUUCGUCCGGCUUUGAGGAUGUGGAGGGACGAUGAGACCGGAGGUGGAAUGAGCUAUCAGGGAUGCUGUUGCUUUAGUCCACGUCAGAUAUUGAAAU